ACCCGCGUGCCCAUCUGCCAUAUAAAAACCGUUUUCUUCCACAGCCCUGGUCUCCUUUUCCUCUCUCAUCUCGCGAGGACCUCAAACCCUGGUCUCCAUCUCUAUCUCUAAUCUCUCUGUGUACAUAUACCGCUGUGAGCUCGUAUUGGGCUGCAAGCUGAGACCAGAUUCUCCGAAUCCAUGUCAAUUCGGUUCAAGUUUAGGAGCUCGGCGAUCUUCGACUCCGUGGACCUGGAAGGACGGCCGUCGAUCUCGGUUCGGGAGCUGAGGUUGAAGAUCAUCCGCAAUAAGAAUCUCAAUAUGUGCCAGGACUUCGAUCUGGUGUUCUCCGAUUCCGUUACCGGCGAAGAGUACAAUGAUGAGAACUUUCAGAUUCCUAGUGGUGCGUGUAUAAUUGUUAAGAGAGUUCCGGCUGGUACUCUGCCAUCAGCGAACACGACGCGUGCUGUUAUGAUAAAUGACUUUGCUAAGAAGGCUUCUGAUUACUUCAAUCAAGCAUCUGUAAAAGUUGAUGAUGUUGAUGACUUUGGCACCGAUAUGUGCCUUCCUAUUGAGAAGCCAUUAUACGCGUCGGAUCAUGAGAGCAAUAAGGGAAACUGCUGCGACUUUGAUGCAGGACUGCCUGGAUCAAGGUUUGAUUGCCAAAAUCCAGGGUCAAGUGGCUUAAGUCAAGCUAUUUAUAAAGGUUCUAAUCAUAGCGUGGGUGAACAGAACUUGGUGGGAGAAGCAACAACUGAAUGGAAGUUCAAAAAGGAACCUGCCGAUUUGCCUGUAGAGUUCAAGUGCCCACUCUGCAACACUUUUUUCAAGGAGGCUGUGCUUAUUCCUUGCUGUCAGCAUAGUUUUUGUAAAAAAUGUAUUAGCUUUGUUCUUCUUGAGAAAAAAAUUUGCCCAAUAUGUUUCUCCAUCAAAUGCAAAGUGGAAGAUCUGCUCCCUAACUUAUCUCUGCGACAAGCAAUUGAGCAUUUUUUUGGAUCUCAAGUGCUUGGUACAGGCUCACCGAAUGAUCUGUGUCAACUUGUUCCAGAUGGAGAAUCUGGAAUUCAAGCUAGGGAAAUCUCUUGUGCUGUAACUGUUAUCCAAAGGGAACCCGACAGCCCCCAUUCUCCCUCAGCUACUGGACAUGGAUCUAAUCAAGUUUUGGCAGACUCAUUCUAUGAGCCACAUAGGAGAAGUAAGCCACAUAAGAUGCAUAUGUUUGAUGGAAAAAGAUCUCAAUAUGCUCACUUAAAUCCUCACGGUGGAGCAGAUGAUGUGCCAAUUACCGUGUUUGAUGGAGGGAACCAGCCCUUUAACUUAUGCAAGACCCGUGUUCAUGAUGAAGGUGCAGAGACAAAGUUUUGGGCUACUGGUAGGCAUAAACAGGGGGGUCGUACUUGUUACAUAUGUGGAUCUCCGGAACAUCUUAUGAGAAACUGUACUGCCUCAAAUUCUCUCGCCAUGCCUCAAACAGGACAUCAUAUGCUGAUGGGAGGGAUGCCAGGCUAUCCAUCACCAUAUUGGAAUAACACUAUGUAUUCACCUAUAAGCCCAUUCACACAUAUUUAUGGUAAUCCAGAAACGAUGCCUUUCAGGGCACCCAUAAUCCCUACACCUACUUUUAGUGCUUCUCCCUAUAUGCCUUUCAUGCCCAGUGGAGUGCCUCUCAAUGGCCUAAGAAAAGAAGGUAUGGCACCUCUGAGCGGAACCAAAACUGGACACCUAUUAAACCAAAAAGAAUUUAUGGAAUCUCAACAGCCUAACAACAGAAGGAAUGUUUCAGACCAAAACUUGGACAAAUUUAGAGGAAAGCAAUGUUACAGUAAGUAUGAUAACAAUGCAAAAGAAUGGGUCGAGUACAGACAUGCUAAAGAUAGGGAAGCAAGUACAAGUAACUCGGAUGACACCUUUGGUCAAAUAUCAGCGAGGAAACAUCAACAUGUUGACCGAAAACGUGAGAGAAGUCCUCACUCCUACAGUGUUGGAAGAGACAGAGCAUUGCUCCACACGGAGAGGUCAAUUUCUAGUUUGGAGGAUAAGUGUGAACAUCACCACAGAGACACUAGAAAACCCUACGAGAGAAGGGGGCAUGGCAGUGAUUCUAGUUGGGGACGCCAUCAUGUCCCAAAAGAGGAAUCUAGUCGUGAUUCGAGACAUAAUAAUAGGCUCGAUAAUAAAGAUCGCGGAAAUGAUUUGCACAAUGGAAGGAGGACGAAUGUUGAUGGCUUGUAUGAAGAUUCUCGAUCUGAAUACCAUCAUCACAAAAGAAAGAGAGCCAAUUAGGAGAUUGUGAUCAUGGAUUUGGGGCACAAUGUAAACGGGGAUGCACAUACAUCAUUAUAGUGUGGAAUAUGGAUGCUAGCAAAGGUCUUAAUCUGAACACAUUCUGGUUAAUCAUUAGUUUGGAUCAUUUUAUAUGCUGCCCAACUAUCUUCUGCAAAAAGGUAAUGUAGCUGAUUGAGGUAUGUUCUCUUUUCAAAAUUUUGCCCAACUAUCUCCUGCCCGGCUUUUCAGGGCACUCGAAAGAGUUCUACUCAACAUUUUGGGAGUUAUCAUUCUUUUGCAAAUUUGUGAUCCCUGAAAAAAAUUGGCUUGACCACCUUGCUGUUUCUGGUUUCCCAUCAUUUUCUCUUUCAUUGAUAUAAGUCAUCUCAGGCUAUUUUAGUCCAUAAAAAGUUUCCUUGCUCCUCAAAACCCAGCAUGUGUUUGUAAGCAUGAUAAAAACUAACUUUAACUAUUGCUUAUUAUUUCGGUGAAAAUGUAGCAUUAAUUAGUUGCCUAGGUUCCUCAUUUUCAUAUUAUAUGACUAAUUGCAAAUUUCCUUUGAUAAAUGAUCAAUAUUAAUGUGCUCCUUCUAUUCAGGGAAAAAAGGUAUUUUAGUAGU